GACUGCCUUCCCUUCCCGAUCAUUCGGUUCUCAGCGAAGAUUAUUCCGGACUCUCUUUCGCCAUGUCCACUGCUACACGCUCGCACAAAGGGAAAGGAAAGGCUGUCCUGAGAGAAGAAGCGGGCACUACUGAAACCUCUUCACGAGCUGGGAGCGCCUCAGAGUCAGAUUCGAGCUCGGACCCAGAGAGCGCUGCAAGCAGCUCGGACUCGGAUGCGUCGGACAGCGACUCGGAUUCGGAUUCGGAGGUUACUCAAGAGUUCUUGGACUCUCUCAUCGAGAAAGCCAGAAGGAAUGCAGCACUGAAGGUGCAAGACCGGAAAGGUGCCAGCGACAGUCGAACCGCCGAGGACGAAGAAGAGGAGAUCCGACUGGACACUGGCGCGGAGGAACUGAAAAAGUCAUUGCCUCCCCUUGACCCAGGAGAUCUUCCCAAGCCUUACAUUGAGCUUGCGGACUCGCGGCAAGCGGGUCCUUCCCGGGUCCGUGACCUAGAUGUCGAACAGGCGGAGCAGGCAACUUCCUCUCGCGCUGUCCCCGCCUCGCCGCCCGCACCGCCAGAACUUACAAAGUCAGGAAAAUCAUUGACGAAAAAGGAAAAGAAGGCGUUGAAGAACAAAACUACAGGGCCGGACUGGUACGAUCUCCCGGCUCCUGCAGAGGCGGAUCUUCCGAGACUGUACCGUGAAUACGAAGCGCUUCGGCUGCGAAAUCAGUUAGACCCGAAACGUUUCUACAGGAAGGACGAGGGAGAAGGGAAAGGUAUCAAGGGCCUGCCUAAACAUUUCGCGAUUGGUACUAUUGUUACAUCACCAUCGCCGUUCGGCGGCCCGAGUGCAGAGAACCUUAGCAGGGCCAACAGGAAGCGCACCUUGGUGGACGAACUGGUGGAAGAUGCGGAGGCGAAGAGCUACGCCAAAAAGAAGUUCAAGGAGCUACAGACCGUGCGCUCAGCCAAAGGGCGGGGAACCUUGGCCAACAAGAAAGCGCUACGGAAACCGAAGUGGUAGCAUUAUGCAUUCCGCGCUGCUGUGUAUCGUCCCUCGUCCACAUCAGCAGCCACUCUAUACGGUAGAACAGGUCUCGGACCAAUAUUCAGAGACGCGCUGAAAGCUUCUCAAUAUCCUCUCUUGCGUAGGGGUAUGGGAACAAUAUGGAUGUGUACAACAUAUAAGUUACAAGAGACCUUGUUGUCGACAGAAGAACUCCUGUUUCACCGACUUGAG